CUGGAUCUGCAGGUUUCUUUAUUGGAGUAUCUAGUUUAUGAAAACACACAUCAGUCACUGGGAACUGUGGGAAGUGUUUUUCUCUUUUUUUUCACUGAGCAGGGAGGAUCUUAAACUCCGCUGCUAAGUGAGUGACACCCGCCGACAGUAUCAACACAGAGGGGAGAGAGGAGAAACUCUCCGAGGACGGUAACUUCUCAAUAAAUCAUCAUUAACAUCGAUAAAAAGCGGAAUAACUCCACACAGCAGACAAUGGAUCGAUACGAUAACCUGGAUUUGGAUUUGGAGGUUGAUGGAGGAGGCGUAGCUCAAAAAGCUGCGUUAUUUGGAGGGAUGUUCAAAAGAUCUUCCAAGAUUAUUGAACCAUCAGCUCCAGCACAGGACACUUUAUCAGUCAACAGUGAACUUUCAAGGAGCAGUGAGAGUCUGACUGACAAUUCAAAGGAGAAAGGCAGUGUGUUCAAAGACAUGUUCAAGAAGACGACCAAAGCUAAUAAAGAGGGUCAGCAGCAGGACUCUCUCUCAGUGCAUAGUGUUGACGUGUCUGUCAGCAGCGACAGCUCAGCAGAAAACAAACCUUCAAAGGAAAAAUCCAAUGUGUUUAGUGGGAUUCUGAAACGACCUCAUAAACCAGGACAUGCCCGCAGGCCUUCACAGGAUCUUUUGGACAUUGAGCUUACAGACAGCAAUGAAAAUCUCUCUGACAAAACAACAACUAAAGAGACAGGAGGAAUGUUUGGUGGGAUGUUUAAAAAAGCACAUUUUGGAGCAAGAACACAAUCUCAGGAAGAUUUGUCAGCACCCAGUGAGCGCUCAGGCAGCACUGAUAAUCUUUCUGUCAAUGGCAACACUAAGGAGUCAGGAGGGGUGUUUAGUGGGAUGUUUAAAAAAUCUCCAAAACCAUCUGGAGGAAAGACACAAUCCCAGGAGGAUCUGACUGCAGCCAGCGAGGUCUCAGGUAGCACUGACAAUCUUUCAUCAAAUAAAAACUCUAAGGAGUCAGGAGGAGUGUUUGGUGGGAUGUUUAAAAAAUCCCCAAAACCCUUUGCAAGAGCACAAUCUCAGGAGGAUCUGACUGCACCAAGUGAGCGCUCAGGCAGCACUGACAAUCUCUCUGUAAAUGGAAACACUAAGGAGUCAGGAGGAGUUUUCAGUGGGAUGUUUAAAAAAUCUCCAAAGCCCUUUGCAAGAGCACAAUCUCAGGAAGAGUUGUCUGCACCAGGUGAACUCUCAGGAAGCAAUGACAAUCUCACAGAGAAUAACAACACUAAGGAAAAAGGAGGAAUCUUUGGUGGUGUUUUCAAGAAGAAAGUUGCCAAAUCUCAGUCACAGGAAGAUUUGACUGGGGAUAUUGAACUCUCUGCCAGGGGUGACAAUCUCACAGAAAAAUCUUCAAAGGGUGAAGUUUCAGCAAAGAAGAAGAAUCCUUUCACCUCAUCUCAGGAUAAAGAAAAAUCUGAGAAAUCAGGAGACUCCAGUGAGAAUAACACUACUGAAGAAAAACCCAAAGCCAAGCAGAACGGUUUUAGUGCCAUGAUGAAGAGCACAUUCUAUGCUGACAAAAAGGACAAGAACUCAGACUCUGACAGUGAGCAGACACCAGACAGUGGAGAGGGCCAGCAGAAGCCGAACAAAUUUGCUGAGGCAAUGACAAAGCUGAAUCCAUUUCGAUCUGCAAACAAACAUGAGAAACAAGAGGACUCUGAUGAUGAGGAUUCACCUGACAACACUGAGAAGUCGUCACACAACAAACAGAGCGCUGCAGCUGGAGGCAUGUCGAAACUAUUCCGCUCUGCAAAUAAAAAAGAUGCCGAAGACACUGAAGAGAUGCUCAAGGAGAGUGAAAAUCAAAGGGAAGAGAAGCCCAGAACGGUCAAAGGCAACAUGAUCCAACGAGAGAGGAAAGAAAGAAGUGAAACUCCUCUGGUCCCACCCAGACAAACUGAAGAGGAGAUGAAAAGGACAUCCACAUAUGACAAAGUAAAAUCAAGAGGAACUGAGGAUAAUCAGGAAAACAAGGACAUGACCUCCAGAGAGAGGAAAACAAAACCUUCAGAAACUCCUGCAGUUCAUGCUAAACCAUCAGAAGAGGGGGUGAACAAAACAGAAAAAUGCAGUCAGCCAAAGCAGAAGAUCAAUAAUGAGAGCCAGUCAGACGAUGAACUCCUCAAUGAAGACGGCAAAAAAACAAAAGUAAAAAAACACAAGCACCAUAAUCCUUUCAUGCCACGAGCUGCAGCUAAGGCUCAAUCUGAUGACGAAGGUCUGAAAGAGAAGGAAGAUCCUUCAUCAAAAGUGGAAAAGAAAGACGAGGAGGACAAGGAGAAAACAGAGGAGACCAAAGUCAAGAAACCUAAGAGACAUAAUCCCUUCAUGCCUCGGGUUAAGGCAUCUUCUGAUGAUGAAGGGCUGAAAGACGAAGAAGACAAUGCUUCUUCUAAAGAGGAAAAGAAAGAUGAGGAGGGCAAAGAGAAAUCUGAUCAGCCCAAAGUCAGGAAACCAAAGAAACACAAUCCCUUCUUGCCUCAGGUCAAGGGCAAAGUUGUGAGGAGAGCGGCACAAGAUGGAGAAGGAAACUCAGCAGAGAAUGAAGGUGCAAACCGACCCUUGUUUGACCAGCUGGAAGACUUCCGCAUUGGGCCAGCUCAACCUAGGGAUGGACAGGAUGUGGAGGAUCUCAUGGAGUGGUGGAACACAGUGGAAUCUUGGGAAGAGACGCCUCAGGAUGAGGACUUGACAGAAAAAGAAGAGGCAAAGGCGUUUGCUGUGACAGCUGAUAAGGUUCAAAAGGGUAUCCGUGUCUUCAAUAAACUGUUUUCAGAGCGGGCUGAGAGUCUCUGGCAGCACGUCAUCGACCUGAACAGCAUCGCAGACGGCCUGGACAAGUUCAGCAAGAACACAAAGAUCGCUCAAAUCACCGGCGGCUCCACUAGCGCCAUUGGAGGUGUAGCCACCAUUGCUGGCCUUGCUCUAGCUCCAGUCACUAUGGGAACCUCAUUGAUUGUGACAGCAGUGGGAUUGGGUGUAGCAACAGCAGGCGGUCUGACAUCAGCAGGUGCUGGCAUCACCAACCAGGUUAACAACUCCCAGGACCGCAAGAAAGUGGAGAAGAUCGUCCAGGAUUAUCAGGAGAAAAUGGCCGACCUCAAUAAGUGCUUGAAAUUCAUCAAGCAAGGAAUCGAGAACCUGAAGAAGUUUGACCUGCUCAAGAUGAAAAACCAAGCCUACAACCGCGACUUCCCUGUACUCAGUGCUCAGUUCUAUGAGGACGGUGCCAUGGUGGGGAAAGCCAUCCUCAUCAAUGCCAACGAGAUCAUGCGUGUGGUGCAGAUCGCCAACGUGGCCGGUAGCACAGCAGCCAGAGCGGUCCAGAUCGCCAGUAUGGCUACUGGUGUUCUUACUGGUCUCUUUGUAGGCAUGGAUAUCUACUUUGUGGCCAAAGACUCCAAAGAACUCAAGAAAGGGGCCAAGUCUGAGUUUGCUGCCAAAAUCAGGGAGGUGGCAACGCAGCUGCAUGACGGUCUGGUGGAGCUGAACACCAUCAGAGAGGAGCUGCAGGCCACCUCACCAGAAAACAGCAGUGAGAACAAAACAGAUGCUGCGGAGACUGAAAAGAAAGAGAAGGAGAAUCAAUACUCCAGCUCAGAGGAAGAUGAAAUCGACCGCAUUAAAAAAGCCAUUAAAAAGGACUAUGAACACCGAGAAUAUGUGUGACAGAAGCUUUCAUCUGCGCGUUCUUUUCAAUCAAGUUGGUCACUUUAUGAGUCUCCUUUAAGAAAUGUAAGCUUCCUCUGACUUGUUGGCAUUUAUCUCGAGAUGUAAAACUACAGUAAGGCCUAUUUUGAUCAUUCAAAGAGGAGGCAUCCCUUUCGGUUUAAUAUGCUAGUUUCUAAACUGUCUGGACUUCUUUAUUCUGAACGCCACAGGGAGGAAGUGGGGCUUUGUGUUACAAAAAAGUGUCAUAUCUGCUUCUUUGGUAGUUGUGAAAAUGUGUGAACCUGCCAUCCUUUAGAGAGAAGUUCAGAGGUGUUAAAAAACUCAUACACAGCUGAUGGUACAGCUUUAUAUAACUUAAAGGAUUAUACGCUAACUAUUUUGUAGAUUUAAUAAUUUAGACUUUAAACUAUGCUUAGAGUUUCAUCAGAGUGUGUUGGUUCAUAUUGAAACAAGAAAUUUUAUCUACUAUCGCAAUAAUGUGUAUUUGGGAUUAUUUCCUUUAUUAUUUAUAGGGCCUUAGAAAUAAAAUACAACACAGUGUAGCUUUUGUCUGUUACCUUAUGUUUGUUAUUUAAUGUCAGGGCUGCUACAUAAACCACUUCACUUCAUCUUCUACUUGGGCUUUCAAAACAUCUGAAUGUCCAAAUCUCUACAAGUUUUCUGAAGAAUGACACUCAACCAUCAUUAUUUCAGGUGCUUAUCUAAAAGAAGUCAAAAAUUGAUAAAAGUGAGAGGAAGUUCAGUAGGGAUCAGUUGCUCCUGUCAACAUAUUCUAAAGUUAGUUUUUAAAAUCAACCUGUUUUUUUAAACAUGACUGUGCAACUUUGGCUGCAACUUGAUGAAUAUUCCAGCUAGUUAAGACAUAAGUGAUAUGUCUGCAUUGUCUUUUUUUUAGGAAACUUAAACAAGUAUGAAAAAAUGCAGUGAAAUGUUAAGAGUAUAAGUAUCGGUGGUUUACAAUUUGGCAAAGAGCACCAAUUGCAUCAGGCCUUGUGCACUAUAGGGUCUCAAGGUACAGUCAUUAUAGGUGUGCAUCAUAUGAUGAGGUAUACAGAAUGUCUAGAAUAACUUUGGGUGAUUAGACAUGUAGGCUGACCAUAAAUAAUUGACAGAGAGUGGAUAAAACAGCAUCAAAAUGGAUGUUGAUUAUAUAAAAAGCUCUAAAAUGUCUAUUAUUGAGAUAUUUAUAAUUAGACCUCUUUAGACGUAUUUAAACAGUUAAUUUGUGGAUCACUGGUAGAAUGGAAUAUACCAAAUAAAUAUGUAUGAUUUGUGGCGAAGAACACCAAAGUGAGCAUAUUACUUAUUUUUGUAAGUCGCACUUGGCCUCCAGACAUGUUAACAUAUGAAAAUGUGGUGAUUUUGUGCAUGAUGCUCCAAGAGGAGAUGAAGAUCUGGUAUUUUGGCCCUGUAAUUCUCUGGCUUUGUCACCUGAAAAAGAUGCUUCUAAAUAUCUUAUAAAUAGUUGUUUUCAGCUGAAAGAGGAAGGACCUCAUGAUUGUCUUUAUAUGGGAACUCCUCAUCACGAAAACCGCAUCUGAGUAGAAGUGAAAGAUUCCCCAUGCUAUAAUAACAAUAAUAAGUUUAUUUAUACAGCACCUUUCUAGAACAUCAAAGUCACAAAGUGCUAUAAAGGAUCAUAAUGAUUUAAAUAGAUUCAAAUGGUCUUUUAUCAUAGUGUGAGACUUAAGGACUUUUUAAAAUCAACCCAACUAUCAACAGCAUUUUUAUCAGUUUGAAGCUCAGAUAUGCCAACCACCUUACAAAUUAUAUGAGUCUUAAGUGGAAUUAAUUUGAAAAACUUUGACCAGUUGGUUGUCUUAGCUUGCUUACAGGCUGCACCUAGCAGUCAGUGAGUGUAAAUACUAAGUUACCACCAGUUUUUACCUGAUAGAUGAUUUUAUGAAGCAGCCUGUGCACUAAUGUGUAAAUUAGGCCUAUACAAUAUGAGAAGAUAGAUGUGCAAUGAUGCUCUAUAAUGCUUAGAGUGUAUAUAAGCUAUAAUAGUUUUAAUUUUAAUCCUGUGGUCACAUAUUUUCCCAUAGCUGAUCCAACACCAUUUUAUUAUGGCUAAAAUAACAUAAAUAGCUAAAAUAACACUAUUGAUUAAUCUGAGAGGAGACAGAAAGCAUGUUAAUCUUCAUUGUCUGCAGAAAUAAUGGUAUGGAAGCAUGAAAACAUGCUCAGGUUGCCAUCUAGUAGUUUAGAGUAUGCACGCUAAAGGAGAGAGCAAACUGUGUUGACUUAAAAAUAGUACAUCCUGAUAAAUUUAGACUUCUGCAAAGUGUUCAUUGAACAUUUAAAGGCCCAUAAUGAUUAAAUUGUGUUUUAGGGUGUAUCUCUAGUGAAAAUCUCCACUUUGUAAACACUUUGCAUUUAAACAAAGCUUACUUGGAACUUAUGAACAACUUGUUCAACCAGUUAUAGAUGAAAAAAGCAGAUAAAGACUCAAACAUGAAUAAGCCUGAGGUGAAAUCGUGGGAAAAUUGUUCAUCAAUAGUCAGAGGACUAAAGCAGCAGAUUUUCAAUCAUCUCUUAUGUAAUAUGAAGCUCUUGUGCUUUCCAGGUGUAACAGCCCCCUCAUUAGAUAACUGGAAGAGGACAGGAAUGUAAAAACAAACUUUUAAGGACCUUUUCAUUGCCAGCCACAAGCCAGUUACGUUCAUUACAGCAUUCAUCUUUAAGAUAUUGUUACUUUAAAGUCACAGUUUGAUCUGCAGUCUGUACUGUAAGCUCUGCCAGUGCCAGCUUUGGUUUGUUUAGUGAACUUUAUAUUUAUUUUUCCUCCUAGGUGAGGCUGAUCAUUCAUGACAGCUCCUUAUGUGCAAUUUACUGUCUAAUUCUAUGUAUAAUAAAUGUAAAUGUUGAAUUGGUUAUUAAAAGUCUG